GUGAGAACAAUUCUGCUCAGUUUAAAUAAAUACGGAGUAAUCAUAAAAAAAUUCAUUGCAAAAUUUCAUUUAGAGAAUUUUAAACAAACAGGAAAACAUUUUGUGACGUCAUUGUUCCAGAUAAAUGCAACCACUAAUAAGAUAUCCUGGAUUUUCUUACGAAUAAUGUUAGUAUUCGUCACAUUAGGGAUAACAGGUUUUAAUGCAAUACCAUUGUACAAUAAUUACAAAGCUGACGUAUUCAGUAGCGAGAAGAAUAGUGAUUUGAAAUAUGAAUUCUCUAUUUACUACAAAUUUCCCGGAUUCGAUAUAGUCGAUCAUUUUACAUUGAGUACUAUUUAUAGUAUUUAUCUAUCAGUUAAUUGUGGUGCUUAUGUAUCUUCGAUUGAUUUAUUUUUAAUACUUAUGAUGUUCCAAAUGGUUGCUCACUUACGUGCAUUACAAGGUAGCUUGAAUAACUUAUCGAUACUUGAUGACAGACCUUUGGAAGAGAUUGAUUCUAACUUAACACCCGUACUUAAAAUGUUUAACGAUGAAGAAAAUAAUAGAAUACAUCAGAGAUUGCAAGCAGUUAUUGAUCACCAUAGAUUUAUAGUUAAUUUCGCAGGUGAAAUAUCUUCUUUCUUUGGGCCGAU